UUUUGCUUGCUUCUCUUUUUCAACAUCUUAAGGAAGGUUAGGUUAUUGACAUAAAAUCUUUAUUUUGUAACUUAGACAUUAACAACUGUAAAUUUCCCUAAGAAAUGUUUAAGCUGCAUCCCAUAAAUUUUGGUAUGUUGUUUUCUCAUUUCAUUAAUUUCAAAGUAUUUCUUAAUUUUCCUUAAUGAUUGUUUUUCUUUGUCCCUUUGGUUUUUUUAGUUAAUUCUGCUUAAAUGGGAAUUCACUAAAUUUCUUUGUGUUUUUGAGCUCCAAUUUCAUUAUAUUGUUAUUAGAGAACAUACUUUGUGUGAUUUCUGUUCUUUUAUGUUCAUGGAGUAGGUUUCUCGCUCUAGCUUAUGUUCUAUCUUGGAGAAUAUUUUUCAUAAGCAUUUGAGAAGAAUGUACAUUUUCUUUUUGUUGGGUGAAGUGUUGGGACUAUUUUAUUUAAAUUUCAAAAUAAUCUAAUGAGAGACUAUUUUUAUUCUUACCUCCAUUUUACAGAAGAGCAAACUGAGGCUCUAAGCCUCAGUUGAUUAACUUGUCUACAGUCAUAUAGCCCAGAGUUGGUAGAGGCAGGAUUUGAUCCUACAACUUUUCAACUUUAAACCUAUGUCCUUAACCUGCCAUUGAGAAAGAAACUGUGUUAAUGACAGCUACUGGUUUGGGAGAGAUAGGAGCUGCGAAUACUGCUUUGAUGAGCCACUGCUGAAAAGAACGGAUAAAUACCGGACUUACAGCAAGAAACACUUUCGGAUUUUCAGAGAAAUGGGUCCCAAAAACUCUUACAUCGCAUACAUAGAAGAUCACAGUGGGAAUGGAACCUUUGUAAAUAGAGAGCUUGUAGGGAAAGGAAGACGCCUUCCUUUGAGUAACAAUUCUGAAAUUGCACUUUCAGUGUGGAGUAAUAAAGUUUUUGUAUUUUUUGACCUGACUGUAGAUGAUCAGUCAGUUUAUCCUAAGGAAUUAAGAGACGAAUACAUCAUGUCAAAAACUCUCGGAAGUGGUGCCUGUGGUGAGGUGAAGCUAGCUUUUGAGAGGAAAACAUGUAAGAAAGUAGCCAUAAAAAUCAUCAGCAAAAGGAAGUUUGCUGUUGGCUCUGAGAGAGAGGCAGAUCCGGCUCUCAAUGUUGAAACAGAAAUAGAAAUUUUGAAAAAACUAAAUCAUCCUUGUAUCAUCAAGAUUAAAGACUUUUUUGAGGCUGAAGAUUAUUAUAUUGUUUUGGAAUUGAUGGAAGGAGGAGAGCUGUUUGACAGGGUGGUGGGGAAUAAACGCCUGAAAGAAGCUACGUGCAAGCUCUAUUUUUACCAGAUGCUCCUGGCUGUACAGUACCUUCAUGAAAACGGCAUUAUACAUCGGGACUUAAAGCCAGAGAAUGUUUUACUCUCAUCCCAAAAAGAGGACUGUCUUAUAAAGAUUACUGAUUUUGGGCAGUCUAAGAUUUUGGGGGAGACCUCUCUCAUGAGAACCUUAUGUGGUACCCCUACCUACCUGGCUCCUGAGGUUCUUAAUUCCUUUGGGACUGCUGGAUAUAACCGAGCUGUGGAUUGCUGGAGUUUAGGAGUUAUUCUUUUUAUUUGCCUUAGUGGGUAUCCACCUUUCUCUGAGCAUAAGACUCAAGUGUCCUUGAAGGAUCAGAUCACCAGUGGAAAAUUCAACUUCAUUCCCGAAGUCUGGGCAGAGGUCUCAGAGAAGGCUCUGGACCUUGUCAAGAAGUUGCUAAUAGUGGAUCCAAAGGUGCGUUUUACGACAGAGGAGGCUUUAAGACACCCAUGGCUUCAGGAUGAGGACAUGAAGAGAAAAUUUCAGAAUUUGCUUUUUGAAGAAAAUAAGUCGACGACUGUACCCCAAGUCCCAGCCCAGCCUUCCACGAGUCGAAAGCGACUUCUUGAAGGGGAAGCAGAGGACGCUGACACCACAAAGCGUCUGGCUGUGUGUGCUGCUGUGUCGUGAACACUGGCUGAAUGAAAGCAACCUGCCUUCUUGGACCCUGCUGCCACUUUUUUUGAAGUCUGUGUUUUAUAGUUUGUAUCGUAAUUAUGGGGACGGUUCCUUUUCCAUGAUCAUCAAUACACAAUUCUAAACCUAGCGGAACCUGGGCUUUGUGCUUCUGCUUGAUGUUGAGCUCUUUACUUUCAUUGCCUUUUUUGUGUAUUUGAAGUUGCGUGCUUUUUUUCUGAAAUGCUUAUUUAUUUUUGAGAGAGCAUGAGCGAGUGCAUGAGCGGGGGAGGGGCAGAGAGAGAGGAAAAGAGAGAAUCCCAGGCAGGCUCCAGGCAUGCUGUCAGCACAGAGCCUGACGCGGGGCCUGAACUCUCAAACCUGGGAUCGUGAGCUGAGCUGAAAUCAAGAGUUAGACGUUUACGGGGCGCCUGGGUAGCUCAGUCGGUUGAGCAUCUGACUUCGGCUCAGGUCACGAUCUCACGGUCCGUGAGUUUGAGCCCCGCGUCGGGCUCUGUGCUGACAGCUCAGAGCCUGGAGCCUGCUUCAGAUUCUGUGUCUCCCUCUCUCUCUGCCCCUUCCCUGCUCAUGCUCUGUCUCUCUCUGUCUCAAAAAUAAAUGAAAACA